AUGCCGUCCCCCAUCGUCCUCCUGGCCUCGUUGCCAGCAGCUCUGGCUGCCACAUACUACGUCUCCCCAACGGGGAGCAGCAGCGGGACCGGCACGCUGGAGAGCCCCUUCGCGUCGAUCCAGACCGCGGUCGACAAAGCCGUGGCAGGCGAUGUCAUCACCCUUCGCGGCGGCACUUACAAACCCACCAAGAACAUCUCCAUCAAGAAGAGCGGCACUGCCAGCGCCUACUACACACUGACAGCGUACGGCGACGAGUCGCUCGGCGGCUCACUCGCCCGGGCCGACCGCGGCGUGCUGCACUUCGAGGGCAGCAGCUACUGGAACGUCUCCAAGAUCACACUCAUCAACGGGCCCUACGGCGUCUACCUCCAGGACGGCAACAACAACAUCUUUGACCGGCUCGUCACCCACGACAACUACGAGUCUGGGUUCCAGAUGCAGGGCAGCGUCAGCAACAACAAGAUCCUGUACCUGGACUCGUACAUGAACCGUGACCCGCGCAAGAACGGGGAGAGUGCGGAUGGCUUUGCCUGCAAGGAGGGCAGCGGCACGGGCAACAUCAUCAAGGGGGCUCGUCUGUGGAACAACGUUGACGACGGCCUCGACCUGUGGGAGUUCGCAUCCCCCGUCACGAUCGAGGACACCAUCUCGUGGGGCAACGGCUUCAACCGGUGGGACUUCACGCCCUUCGAGGGCGACGGCAACGGGUACAAGCUGGGCGGCGGCAGCACGACCAAGGCCAACCACGUCGUGACCAACAGCAUCGCCUUCAGCAACGCCGCCAAGGGCUUCACCGACAACAAGCAGCCGGGCGCCUUCACCUUCACCCGCAACACGGCCUACCGCAACGGCGCCGUCGGCUUCCAGCUCACCGGCGCCGACGGCGUCUCGGGCACCUACUCCAAGAACGUCGCCGCCCUCAACAGCGGCGGCAGCUCCAACCAGGCCGACCAGGUCUCGCUGUCGGGCGCCAAGUCCGCCGGCGACAACUCGUGGGACGCCACCGCAAAGUGGACCGACGCCAGCUUCAAGAGCGUCGACGUCUCGCUCGUCCAGGGCAAGAGGACGGCCGGCGGCAAGGUUGCUGCGAGCAGCUUCCUGGCUCCUGCUUCUGGCGCGGCGAUCGGCGCGACUAUCGCUUAG